UGCACUUGACGUUGAAGGUUUACUCUCAUCUGUGCGUCGUUUUGAUGCAAUAAUAACAUUUUUACUCGUGUACACUUUUCGACACUCGGAAUGCACAUUUACAGAACUUAAAGUAUUUAAAUAGUCUAUAUGUCCAUCAUUUCUUUCAAUACUUGCAGUUUUUAAAGUUUGUAAACCACGUACGACAUUCACAGAAACACCUUCUGAAAGUUUCUUAUCACAUAUAAAACACAAAUCAGCCAUAGCUCUUAAAACAGUACGUCCGUAGUUGCAACGGUACAAUUUCAAACUAACGAAUAAUCUUGACUCAUACAAAGUGGAGAGAGUGGCCUUGAAUACUAUAGAACAUCUGUCCCGGCAAUGAAUAGAAAAGGGCAUAGGGUAGGGACAAGUAUUUCCAGGUAUAUAAGUAUUGAGAAAUUUACGCGUUUUAAAGAAAAGAUAUAUAAUGUCGUGUUAAUUUAAAAUAAAACUAAAAUAUAUAAUCCAGAAUUAAUAAUAUUUUAUACUUAAAUAGUUAAAUAUGAAUAAUUAUAUAUAAAUAAUCAAGUUACUUACUUUAAUUAAAUAUAAAUAAUUAAUAGUUAGUACAUAAAUAAUAGGCAUUGUUUAAUAUUUAUAAUUUCCAAGUAAAUAAUUGACUUUAUAACGUACUGAUAACCAUAACUCACGCUUGACCUUGCAUUAGGCCGUAUAUGACUGUACGAUGUGCACUCUUCGCGCUCUACCUUCAAAACGGUUGGUCGUAUGAAAAAAAGUUUAAACAAAAGUUGUAGGGAAUUUUAUAGCCUACAACUUUUAUAAUAAAUGCAAAUCUCAUUUAACCGAUAGGAAGCCAGAUAUUCGCGAAAAACCGAUUUUUGUGACCUUUGACCUUGAAUAUCUUCAGACGCGGACACGAUAACGAUUGUGACUUUUGAGACAACAUUUCUCUUUUCUUUUUUUCGGCGGGGGCACGCGCAUCCGUGGGAUUCAUCUUGGUUGAAGUAAAAAUUACAAAAAAAACUAACGUCUCGGAUAAUAACUAACACUGAUCUGGAUGGAUCUAAAUGUCAAUUUAGAAUGACAAAACAAAGGUUCAUACCAAUUUGCAGCUUAUUAUCUUUCAUUCCGAGGUGAAAGCCCUAAUAUGACUGGGCUAGGAGGGCUUCGAACUAUUGUGAGCAUUCCGUGAAUGUGGAGGGCAUGGAGUCGGUCCGUGAAUUCACGGCGAGAAUACGCGCGUGAAUUCACGGCAAUAAUGUGGAGCCGCCAUGAGUUUUCUGUCGCGGGUUUUUUUUUUAAUGUGACACUGACCUUCUAACUUUUUGCAAAAUUAUUACCAGCCUGUAUAUCAAUAAUAACUAAUAACACAUAUAUGUACCUCGUUCUAUUCCGAUUAAUAGUCACCAUCCACCACCUUCUUUUGCGCCAUUUCUUUUUAGUCACUCUACUUUGGUGCACAUGUAUGUAAUAAUUAAACGCAUUGUAUAAAUAAAUUGCCGCGGCUGCAAGAACUUCUACGUCCAUCUUUAAAGCGCCAAUGCAGAAUGAGCAGUAAGCCAAUGUGUGAACAGGAAUCUUGGUUUCCAUCAUUUUUGCCCAACACAUUGGCCCAACACCUUUUUUUUUUUUUUUUUAUAGUGGGGAAAUCUUGCAUAGAUACCCACGGCCCCCGGGGAUGGAGCCGUGGGUUAUGUCGGAUUCUUACCGACCAAAACCCCACUGUGUUCCGUCGAGCCACUUGGGUGAAGGGGCCACGGGAGCUGGUUAAAAUUCAUCCGCGACCCCCUCGGUGACUGCCCGUUGCCGGGCCAGGUGCAAUUAGAGCGGCAAAGUGGGAUUACCGCUCUACCCUUCUGUGGGCGGCGUGAGCGGAACACGCCCCACGCCGCCUCGCCGUAUCGGACAAUAGAUUACAUCCCCGAUCCAUUGCCGACGCCCUUCGUCAUGGAGGCAGGUUGCGACCGUGUAAAGCAGUCGCAACGCGGCGACGACGCCCAAUAGGACGUCAGCGCCGCAUCGGAUCUGCGCGGGGAUCCCCCUCGCGAAUCCGCUCUGCCUCCUCUUUCCGCGAGAUCACGUCCUCACAGAACGUGAUCACUGCGCGCCAGGACCUGUCACUACCCACCAUCGCACGAACAAUGGAAGGCAGGGAGAGGUCCGGCCCUAUAACCGCCACUAAACGAGUACGGGGCUCAGCCCACGCGGGGCACACGGCGAGGGUAUGAUCUGCCGUGUCCUCCGGGCAGGCACACCAGUGGCAAGCCAUGCUGGGCUCCCUCCUCGCGACCUUACACAGGUACCGCCCAAAGCAGCCGUGGCCGGACAACACCUGCGCAAGGCGGAAGGUUAAAGCCCCAUGCCGCCUGUCGCACCACUCUUGGAGGACUGGUCGAACAGCCGCAACCGUCCUCACACCCGCACUGGAUUGACCCAACACCUUGGCCCCAUGUGUACAGCCGGCUUAAUGAUUCAAGAUGCCUGGACCCAACUCAAGCAAGGGACAAUUUUUAACUGUUACAAACACGCUAGUUUUGUCCGAAGCAAUGUGUGAACAAGUUCUUCCAGAGUAACACUGUGACCAAGCCGCUCCAAAGCAAAGAUCUGGACAGCAUCGACUGCUCUCAAUGUAAGUAUUCAAUAUUUAAAUUAAUUGUUUUCUAUAUUUUUACACUUGUCCUGCACAUUCCUACCAGGGAUGGAGCGCUUCUUCGAAGACUGAAUAUCAUAUUUUUUCGUUCCAUUUGCAGAUACUGAAUCGUGACUUUCAAAGACUUUGCAACAUGAACACUCUGUUGGUCUUGAUGUCCAUGUUCCUGCUGGUGGCGGCGAGGUCAGAACCCGUGCCGGAGUUGCUCAGCCAUCCAAGAGACUUUACCGAUCCCACCAGGUCUCGCUCCAAAGACGAAGCACCACAAUCACACCACCGCGUCGUUAAGAAACCUGGGGCUGGGAUGUUGAGCACCCGCAUUGAAUUCGGUGAUGGCCCAGACCCCAAUCAAUACUGGAAGUUCGAUGAAGACGCCAAUCCUCAGGGGAUGUCCACCCGAAUUGUAUUUGGUGAUGGCCCAGACCCCAAUCAAUACUGGCCCUUCUAUCCAUAAUUUAUUACUGUUUAAGAUUUUAUUUGUUUCCUCUACCGCUUCUGUAGCUUUUAAGAUUCAUAAAUUACUCAUUACUGUUUAAGAUGUUGAUCAUUCAUGUAACUUGUAAGAUUUAUGAAUAAUGCAAUACUGUUUAAGAUGUUAGUUGUAACCACAAGCGGAACACUACGUGUAUUUGUACGCUUCGAAAAUUAACUCAUUACUGAUUAUUAUGGUGAUCAUUCCUGUAACUUGUAAAAUUCAUAAAUAACCCAAUACCGUUUCAUAUGUUGGUUAUUCUCACAAUCACUAUAUUGUACCUUUUAAGAUUCAUUAUUGUUUAAGAUAUUAAUCAUUACUAAUACUUGUAAGAUUCAUGAAUAAUGCAAUACUGUUUAAGAUGUUAGUGUUGUCACCACGCUCGGAGCACUACGGGGAACUUGUACGCUUCGCAAAUUAACCCAAUAUUGUUUAAGAUGGUAAUCAUUACUAGAACUUGUAAGAUUCAUAACUAACCCAAUACUGUUUAGGUAAUAUGUUAUAUUUUUAUAUAAUAUGUAAUGUCAUAUGGACGUCGUUCCCGCCAUCACUAACGUAGCUUUUAAGUUUCCUAAUUAACCCAAUAUUAUUUAAGAUGUUAGUUGUUCCCAUAAUCACUACUGGGACUUGUAAGCUUUUGUAACUUGUACUUCCUAUUUACCUCAGUACUGUCUAACAUGUUACUUGUAUUUCCUCUGUAAACCGUGCGGUUUAUAAGAUGGCUGUGUAAUGCUUUAUUUUUUCUACUUUGAUAAAUAAAUAUUAUUAUGCAAUA